GAGUGCCAGGCUAGAGGGCCGCAGAACCGGGAGAGGCACACAGCAGGCGAAAGGAUCGGUGCCGAGGGUAAAUAGGGUGUCGCCUCUGCCCAGCCCCCCUUCCCCUCCCCCAAGACGCAGGGACUCCCGCGUCCCUGACUGAGGCCGGGCGCAGAGAAGCGCUGAGUCACGGUGAGGCGCCGACGCCCUCCGAUCUCGUUCUUUCCGCGCUUGUAGCCAACUCACCGCGCCCCCGCCGCUACAGAGGCGCCCGGUGCCACCUCGGCCCUGUUCUAGGCCGCAGCCACCGCAGCCUCAGCGUCAGAAGGCUUUCUUUGCAGACUGUGACAUGGGCUCCUCAAAGAAGGUUGUUCUCUCCGUGCUCAGCCGGGAGCAGUCAGAAGGGGUUGGAGCACGAGUCCGCAGAAGCAUCGGCAGACCUGAGUUAAAAAAUCUGGAUCCAUUUUUACUGUUUGAUGAAUUCAAAGGAGGUAGACCUGGAGGAUUUCCUGAUCAUCCACAUCGAGGUUUUGAAACAGUGUCAUACCUUCUGGAAGGAGGCAGCAUGGCUCACGAAGACUUCUGUGGACACUUUGGUAAAAUGAACCCAGGAGAUCUGCAGUGGAUGACUGCAGGCCGGGGCAUUCUGCAUGCUGAGAUGCCUUGCUCAGAGGAACCAGCCCAUGGCCUACAACUAUGGGUUAAUUUGAGGAGUUCAGAGAAGAUGGUGGAGCCUCAGUACCAGGAACUGAAAAGUGAAGAAAUCCCUAAACCCAGUAAAGAUGGUGUGACAGUUGCUGUCAUUUCUGGAGAAGCUCUUGGAAUAAAGUCCAAGGUUUAUACUCGCACUCCCACAUUAUAUUUGGACUUCAAAUUGGACCAAGGAGCAAAGCAUUCCCAGCCUAUUCCUAAAGGAUGGACAAGCUUCAUUUAUACCAUAUCUGGAGAUUUGUACAUAGGGCCUGAUGAUGAGCAACAAAAAAUAGAACCUCAUCACACAGCAGUGCUUGGGGAAGGUGACAGUGUCCAGGUGGAAAACAAGGAUCCUGAGAGAAGCCAUUUUGUCUUAAUUGCUGGGGAGCCAUUAAGAGAACCAGUUGUCCAACAUGGUCCAUUUGUGAUGAACACCAAUGAAGAAAUUUCUGAGGCCAUUCUUGAUUUCAGAAAUGGAAAAAAUGGGUUUGAAAGAGCGAAAACCUGGAAAUCAAAGAUUGGAAACUAGUGCAGAGCACAAGAGAGCUCUCACAUCUUUACCAGUUGUGGCACACAGUCAUUUAGGCACUGUUUCCCAAGCUGCCUUAGCUGGUGUUUCCAAAGUUUUCCACAUUCAGCUGUUAACAAGAGUUUUUAUGACAAUAUAUGUAGAGUAUUUCCUGGCACAUUCAAAUAAACCUAAUGGUUAUUUCUUUAA